AUCAUCAGUUUACCUAGAACUUUAGAAAACUACCAAUCAAACCCCAAACAACUUCAAAAUGUUCAAAUUCUUCCUUGUCUGCUUGUUCGCCAUCUUCGCCUGCGCCAUGGCCACUCCCGCCGUUGUUGCUGCUCCCUACGCCUACUCUGCCUACUCCGCUUACUCUCCCUACACUGCCUACUCUGCUCCCGUUGCUGCUACCUAUGGUGCUUAUCCUUACACCGCUGGCUACUCUGCCUAUCCUUAUGCUGCCGCUGCUUAUGUACGUUAAGUUGUAGAACAACUUUUAAGGAUCUUUUAAUGGCACAACAACAUUACUCUUUAACUGGCUAAAGGACUUAUGCAACGUUUUAAUGGUAUAGGAGAUAAUUUUCGUUAAUUUUUUUUUACAAUUGGCUGUCUUAUAAUUUUUGUUUGUGUUGAACUCUAUUGAGUUCAAAUAUAUUUAGGUUUUACAUAUAAAUUUAUAUAUUCAGAAUGAAAUUUUAUAU